AUUCCGAGCAUUAAACAGAACCAAAUCAAUAGAGUGACCUCACCGAUCAGCGAUCGCAAUUGCAACGCACACCUCCCUACGCCGGUCAACCCCGCUCAACCUCUCGCAGACUGCCGCCGUGGCAGUCUGUGGCAUUCAUAUGACGCUGCAUCGAUAGCACCCGAACCAUCCGCCGACAUGGCGCCAGAUGCGGGCAAUAUCAAGGUGGUGGUGCGCGUACGCCCCUUCAACAAUCGCGAGAAGGACCGGAAUGCAAGAUGCAUCGUGUCCAUGAAAGACAACCAGACCGUCUUGACCCCAGCUGGCCCCGAUGCAGGAGCCAAGGGCAAAUCCGCGAAGGCGGUAUUGGAAGGAUCCAAGACCUUCGCCUUCGACAAGUCAUACUGGUCUUUCAAUCGUGACGACGACCAUUUCGCCGGACAGGAAGAUGUCUUCACCGACCUGGGCAAACCGCUGUUGGACAACGCGUUUCAGGGAUACAACAAUUGCAUCUUUGCGUACGGGCAGACUGGAUCUGGCAAGAGUUAUAGCAUGAUGGGGUUUGGAGAAGAGCAGGGUGUCAUUCCGCGGAUCUGUCGCGACAUGUUUGAGCGGAUAGACAAGGGACAUGCGGCCGAUGCAAAUCUGACCAACACUGUCGAAGUGUCAUAUUUGGAGAUCUACAACGAGCGCGUUCGGGAUCUGCUCAAUCCCGCGACCAAGGGCAAUCUCAGGGUGCGAGAACACCCGGCAACAGGACCGUACGUGGAGGAUCUGGCAAAGUUGGUAGUGCGGGAUUUUGGCGAGAUCGAGCACUUGAUGGACGAGGGCAACAAGGCACGCACGGUUGCGGCGACAAACAUGAAUGAGACUUCGUCUCGUUCGCAUGCCGUCUUCACCCUCACAUUGACCCAACGACGCCACGAUGUUGAGACCAAUAUGGACACCGAGAGGGUCGCCAAGAUCAGCUUGGUUGAUCUGGCAGGCUCCGAGCGUGCCACCAGCACGGGUGCGACUGGCGCAAGGCUCAAAGAAGGCGCGGAAAUCAACCGGUCACUGAGUACCCUCGGUCGUGUCAUUGCCGCCCUCGCAGACCUUUCCGAUCCCAAGACCAAAAAACCAAAGGGCAUGCAGGUUCCCUACCGAGACAGUGUCUUGACCUGGUUGCUCAAAGACAGCUUGGGUGGGAACAGUCUGACCGCCAUGAUUGCUGCCAUCUCGCCCGCCGACAUCAACUUCGAAGAGACGCUCUCCACCCUGCGCUACGCCGAUUCAGCCAAGAGAAUCAAGAACCACGCUGUUGUCAACGAAGACCCAAAUGCCCGCAUGAUCCGCGAACUCAAGGAAGAACUUGCUCAACUGCGCGCCAAACUGGGCAGUGGCACUGGUGCCGUUGCAGGCGAAGAGCAAUACCCGCCAGGAACACCAUUGGACCAGCAGUUCGUCUCAAUCAUCAACCCCGACGGAACUUUGAAAAGAGUGUCAAAAGCAGAAAUCGCAGAACAGCUUUCGCAAUCGGAGAAAUUGUACACGGAUCUUAAUCAGACGUGGGAGCAGAAGCUUCAGACGACCGAACGCAUUCAUAAAGAGCGCGAAACCGCACUCGAAGAGCUUGGCAUCUCCAUUGAGAAGGGCAACGUUGGUCUCAGCACGCCAAAGAAAAUGCCUCAUCUGGUCAAUCUCUCCGACGAUCCGCUUCUGGAAGGCUGCUUGGUGUACAAUCUCAAGCCCGGCACAACGACUCUCGGCAAUGUCGAGAACAAGUUGGCAUCUCCUCCAGCUGGUGGCGUGGACGGAGACGACACACAUGGUCAUCAUCAGCCCGAUAUUAUGCUCAACGGAUCGAGAAUCCUCCGUGAUCACUGCACUUUCGAAAACGUCGACGGCAUUGUGACGGUUGUUCCCAAAGAUAAUGCUGCCAUAAUGGUAAACGGCGUCAAAAUCGAAGCUCCCAAACGUCUGCGAACGGGUUACCGUGUUAUUCUCGGAGAUUUCCACAUCUUCCGCUUCAAUCAUCCCCAGGAGGCUCGAGAAGAACGUGAAAUGACGGUCGAGCAGGAGCGUGGCAGCUUGCUCAAGUAUUCGUACACUGCAGAUGAUAUUGACGACACGCCCUCCAAACGACCUAACUUUCCGACGCACGAGCGGCACUCCAGUAUCUUGAGUCGGCCCAUGUCUCCAGACAGCGACUUUCCAAGUUCAGGCACCACAUCACCGGCACCAUGGCGCACGUCUGGAAGAGAUAGCGACUGGGCGUUCGCACGGCGGGAAGCCGCUUCCGGACUCCUUGGCUCAGAUCGCAACAUCGCCAGCAUGACCGAUGACGAACUCGAUGUGCUACUCGAUGAUGUGCAGCGUGUUCGUGCCGUGCGCAAGGCAAGACCGGAAAGCAGGCUCUUUGCGGACGCUGGCAUGAGCUUCGACACUGACAUGGAAUCUGUGACAUCGCAUCCCCUCCAGCGCGAGAAACACCUCAGCAACGGUAGCACCAUGGAUAACUUCAGUCUCGACACGGCUCUGACCACUCCUCCGCAAGCUUCGGAACAAGCGGAGGAGGAGACGGAAGGAAUGAAGAUGGUGGGAGACGAAAUGGAAGGCCAGCUUUCUACAACACGAGAUGGCUUGCCUCCGCCUCGGCAAGGGGUUGCAGAGAUUAAGGAGUUGAAACAAGAGAAGUUGAGAAUGGAAGCGAGCUUGCGAGAGAUGAAAGAGCAACACCAGAAGCAGCUGGACGAACAGAGAAAGGAUCACGAAAGACUCGUGGCCGAGAUGCAGCCGAAACGGAAGAGGACCCAAAGUCUGACGUCCAAAAACAAGACCGGCCUUAGUGAAGGGGAAAUCUAUCUGGCCAAAUGGGUGUUGCACCAGUGGAGAAGCCAAAGAUACGUCGCCAUGGCUGCCGACAUUCUCAAACACGCCUCACUACUCAAGGAAGCUCAGGUGUUCAGCCAAACGAUGGAGAGGGACACAGUCUUCCAGUUUGCCAUCAUCGACCUCGGACACACCUUGGGCUCGAGUUAUGAUCUGGUGCUUAACGGUGUGUCUGCGGAAGAAAGCGACGAUCCUGCCCUCGAAAGCGCACCAAAGCCUUGCGUGGGCGUGCGUUUGGUCGAUUUCCGAGACUCCGUCAUUCGCCUCUGGAGCUUAUCGAAGCUGAAGGAGCGAGUCAAGCAGAUGCGACAAAUGAACCUAUUCCUGGAUCGUGGACCAGACCAGACGCAGCAUUUCGACAUGGGGAACCCUUUUGAGGAUCCAUGCAGGCCGGAGUACACGAGAAUCGGAGACGCCGAUAUUCCACUGGCCGCGGUGUUUGAGUGUAGAGUUCAGGAUUUCACGCUGGAUGUCUGGUCUCCGUACACAUCUUCCGUGAUUGGUAUCGUGCGGUUGAGCUUGGAGCCCAGCUCGGCAGAAGCGCCGAAAGAGACACUGAAGUUCAACGUCGUGAUGCACGACCUUCUUGGCUUUGCCGAAAGAGAAGGCACAGAUGUCCAUGCCCAGCUGUGCAUCCCAGGAGUCUCUGAAGAGGGCGGAGCAACAACGACGUCCCUGGUAAGAAGAUUUGGAGAAGGGGCUGUCAAGUUUGGAAGCGUGCAUUCUAUGAGUCUGCCGCUCUCUGCACCUGUCGAGGCAAGCCUGAGAGUGAGCCUCUUUGCGCGAGUUGAUGUCAUGCACUUGGAUCGGCUACUGAGCUGGGACGAUAUCCGGGAUUCUUCUGCGAUUUCCAAGAGCAAGCAAACCGGAAAAGGACGACAGAGUGGCCAUUCCAGACACGGUUCUCGUCUGCCGGAAAGCGAGUACUACACGGAGGAGAGACAUGACGUCUUCGCUCGCGUUCAGGUCUUGGAGAUUGCGGAGGAUGGGGAGUACUCACCCGUGGAAGUUGUUCAAGCCUCCACUCUGGACCAGGGUGCCUAUCAGCUGCAUCAAGGAUUGCAACGCCGUGUGACGUUGAGUCUGUUGCUUUCAUCGGGUGAUGCUUUGCCAUGGCAUGAAGCAAAGGCUCUCCGUGCUGGACACGUACGGCUGCUAGACACCACCGGCCGCGGUACCGAGAUUGCAGACGACCGUCAGGCCGAUACAACGCUUCCGCUUAUUGCGCCGCCCGUCAUUCAAGUGCAUGAGGACGGCACAACGAGUGUGAGAAUGACUGGCCAGUGGGAUUCGAGUGCCCAUGGCUCGAUAUUACUGGAUCGACCUACGACCGAGGAUCGCCGGAUCCAGGUGUCCCUCAUGUGGCAAAUCUCCUCUUCCCGUGUGACACAACCUAUGAAAUUCUCCUUCGACAUCGCCGUCACCAUUCGUCCGCGAACGUGGUUCCGACAAAAUUCUUUGCUCGCUCAACUAUGGCACAAUCAACGGGUGGUGCAUUCCACUGCCAGCAACUACUCCAUCACCCUGAAGCCGAGCAUUGCCAAGCGGAUGGGAGACCUGUGGCGCAUGGAUACGGCGGGCGAGUACGUGUCUGGGCAGGAAAUGCUCUCCAGUUGGGCUCCGCGAGGUGUGAGCCUGCUACGGGAUUUCAUCGACCUCCGAUCUCGACAACGGCGCAUCUCGGAGAUGGAGGCGGCCAGAGGGAUGUUUGGUGUAGCCGCUCUUUCUCCACCCAUCAGGCCUCAGCAAGAUGGAGAAGUUGAAUCGCUGGACGACAGACAACGCAUGCUUCUGAAGAAAUUCGUGAGCCUGUGGCAAAAGCAAUCACACAUGGCGGUGGACUCUUUGCUUGCCCACACCGACACCAAUGCUCCCCGACUCGAACGGCUUCGGUCGAGCAGCUCUGCGGACAAGAUGGCAGUCGACAAGCCUCAACCCCUCGCAGGAAUCGUCGAGCAGCUUGCAAAGACCACCAUCUGCGUCAAAGGCGGCUGGCUUCUCUCUCCCGACCCAUCUGGAGUUCGCUGGGUGCGUCGCUACGCCGAACUCCGCCGCCCAUACAUGCAUCUCUACUCACCGGAAGGAGACGAAGUCGGUGCCAUCAAUCUUACCAAUUCCCGCAUCGACUCCGCGCCGCAGGUGGCGAAGCUGCUGCAGCGUCCGAACGGCCGGAUGGAAGUGUGGGCAAUCUACGCAACGAACAAGGCCUGGCUCUUUGCAUGUCGGAAUCAGAAGGAACGGUCGGAAUGGAUUUGGGCUGUUGAUCGGUCGUUUGGGGGAAGCAGUCGUAGUGCGACGCAGUCGUCUGAUGGAGAUGGGGAUGAUGACGAGUAGGAUGGUCGGCAAUAUGCUGAGUGGAGCAUCGCAUUGGCAUCGCACGGAUAAAGCUUGCAUUUGCAGGUCAUGGCUGAGAAGAAGAAGAGGUUGCAUUGGCGGUCACUUUUGGUUCUUUUGUUUUGUGAUACCCAAUCCGUUGAGUGCAACGCUCAUUGCUUUGUAUUAAUUGUAAAACUCUGGCUCAAUUGUCUCUCAACGGUGAAGGUGCCUGGCAGAAGAGGGCGCCGUCGGUCUUCAUAUCUUUCCUUGGUAUGCUUG